UGUUACUUCUGUUAGUGCGCCCGCGCCGCGCGUGCGCAUAAUUUAAUUAGAAAAAAACAUCAUCAGUUUUUUCUUCAUAAAAAUGCCUCCCGGUAUUCAAAUAACCGAAACGGUGAUCGAUAAUUCCGUAGAAAUUAUCGAUUCAGAGCUGAUAGUGGAGGAAAUACAAAUAAAAUCGUGCCCUAUCGAUCACGACAUCGGAUCAUUUUCGAUAGUUUUGAAAGAAUCUAAUGCCACAACUAAUGACACAGUAUGCAGUCCUACACUAAAUGGGAAAGUGGAUACAAAUGGCGAUGUUAAAAAAGAUAGUUCAUAUGUACAGAAUUAUAAGGAAGUAUCAUUGGCUGUUGCAAAAGAUUAUUCUAAAUUAAAUGGAACUGAUGAACAGAAACCCAUGAUUAAUGGAGAUUCUACGAAAACUAUAGCAGAAAAGAAUAUAGAAGAAGAUAAAGCAGUUGUGAUCGCAAAGAAAGAACCCGCUAAGAAACCAGUGCGCAAAGUUACACGCCCAAAAGUGUUGAAGAAUUUAGAAUCGCACAAUUAUCUAUACGACCGUUUGUACGAUUCUACCUGUCCGCGAGUGCCGAACCUGUGCAACGAGCGGACAUGCCUGGGAAGCGUGAUGGCGAUCCCGGGCCGCGGGGACGUGGCUCGGGAGAGGGACGAGGUGCUGAGCGACGCUAAGGACUUCUUCGGACAGUACUUCGCUUCUAUACGGAGAGCCAACACCCCCGCGCACGAGGCCCGAUGGAAGACGGUCCAGGAAGAAGUCGCGAGCACGGGCACCUACCAGCUCACCACCACCGAGCUGGUGUUCGGAGCCAAGCUGGCCUGGAGGAACGCCUCCCGCUGCAUCGGCAGGAUACAGUGGUCGAAGCUCCAGGUGUUCGACUGCCGGCAGGUGACCACCACGAGCGGCAUGUUCGAGGCCCUCUGCAACCACAUCAAGUACAGCACCAACAAGGGCAACAUCAGAUCAGCGAUCACAGUGUUCCCGCAGCGCACGGACUGCAGCCACGACUACCGCAUCUGGAACAGCCAGCUCAUCAGCUACGCCGGCUACCGGCAGCCGGACGGCAGCGUGCUGGGGGACCCCAUGCACUGCGAGUUCACUGAGCUAUGCAUCAAGCUCGGGUGGAAGGCGCCGCGCACGGCGUGGGACGUGCUCCCGCUGGUGCUCUCCGCCAACGGGAAGGACCCGGACUACUUCGAGAUCCCACGGGAACUCGUCAUGGAGAUCCCGAUGACGCACCCCAACUACGAGUGGUUCGAGGACCUGCAGCUGCGCUGGUACGCUCUGCCUGCCGUCUCCGGCAUGAGGUUCGACUGCGGAGGCAUAGAGUUCACGGCCAACGCCUUCAACGGCUGGUACAUGAGUACGGAGAUCGGCUGUCGGAACUUCUGCGAUACCAACCGAUUGAACAUGUUGGAGAAAGUGGCCCAACUCAUGGGCCUAGACACCCGUACGCCAGUGACUCUGUGGCGUGACAAGGCGUUGGUGGAGGUGAACGUGGCCGUGCUGCACAGCUUCCAGCAGCACAACGCCACCAUCGUGGACCACCACACCGCUGCGGAGAGCUUCAUCAAGCACCUUGACAAUGAGAACCGGCUCAGGUCUGGUUGCCCCGCGGACUGGAUAUGGAUCGUGCCUCCGAUGUCGUCAUCCAUCACUCCGGUGUUCCACCAGGAGAUGGCGUUGUACUAUUUGAGGCCAGCAUACGAGUAUCAGGAGCCUGCCUGGAAGACGCACCAAUGGCAGAAGUCGAAGCCCAUCACCGGCAAGAGACCCAUAAACAGGAAGUUCCACUUCAAGCAGAUAGCUCGAGCUGUCAAAUUUACCUCCAAACUCUUCGGUCGCGCCCUCUCCAAGCGAAUUAAAGCCACAGUUCUGUACGCCACCGAGACAGGCAAAUCUGAACAGUAUGCCAAAGAACUAGGCGUCAUAUUCGGCCAUGCUUUCAAUGCUCAGGUCCACUGCAUGGCGGACUACGAUAUAACAUCGAUAGAACACGAGGCCCUGUUGCUCGUCGUCACUUCCACUUUCGGAAACGGGGAUCCCCCCGAGAAUGGAGUUGCUUUCGGAGAUCAUCUGUGCGAGAUUUUGUACGCUGAUCAUGUAGGCAACGAAAGUGCUGCGAACUCUCAAUUGGCAACCCCUAAAUCUUUCAUCAAAGCGAACAGCCAAAUGGAAUUCCAGAAGUACACCGUUACUAAUCCCAAGCAAUUGAGCCGAUUAGAAUCUUUGAAAGGAAGCGGGACGGAGACCGCUUCGAUCGACAGCUUCGGUCCUCUCUCCAACGUGCGCUUCGCGGUCUUCGCUCUCGGCUCCAGCGCUUACCCCAACUUCUGCAACUUCGGCAAGUAUGUGGACAAGCUGCUCGGUGACCUCGGAGGAGAGAGGAUCCACGACCUGGCGACGGGAGAUGAGAUGUGCGGACAGGACCAGGCCUUCCGGAAGUGGGCCUCAGGCGUUUUUAACGUUGCCUGCGAAACAUUCUGCCUCGACGACGACGAGACCCUCCAAGAGGCGAAGCGCGCGCUCGGCACGGUGGCCCUGAGCGAGGAGACGGUCAGGUUCUCGGACCCGGAGUCCUGCCCGCCGACCUUGCCGGUGGCGCUGCAGUCGGCCGUCAACCGGCAGCUGGUGAGCUGCGUCGUCAGAGCCAACAAGGACUUGGGCGACGAGUCCGCUGAACGUUCUACUAUAUUCAUCGAUUUGGAGCCGAAGGAAAGCAUCAAGUACGACCCCGGCGACCACGUGGGCAUGCUGGCGUGCAACCGGCAGGAGCUGGUGGAAGGACUGCUGGGGCGGCUCAAGGACGUCGAUGACUACGACGAGCCCCUGCAGCUGCAGUUGAUGAAGGAGACUCAUACUUCCAGUGGACCAGUCAAAUCUUGGGAGCCACAUGAGAGAUUGCCGGCUGUGAGCGUCAGAGAUCUAUUCACGCGAUUCCUUGACAUUACGACGCCGCCGACUACCAUCCUACUACAGUAUUUAGCAACAACAUGCGAAAACGAUGAGCAAAGGCGACAACUGAAUCUUCUGGCUAAUGACCCCGCAGCUUAUGAAGAUUGGCGUCUGUACAACUUUCCGACCCUUCUAGAAGUUUUGGAACAGUUUCCUUCUGCCAGGCCGAGUGGGUCCCUACUGGCUGCCCUGCUCUCCCCACUGCAGCCCAGAUUCUACUCCAUUUCAUCAUCACCGCUUGCUCAUCCCAAGAGAUUACAUCUGACCGUUGCUGUAGUCUCUUACAAAACUCAAGAUGGCGUUGGUCCCCUCCAUUAUGGUGUUUGCUCAAACUAUUUGAUGGAUCGUAAGCCUGGAGAUGAAGUUUACCUCUUCAUCAGAAGUGCCCCUAACUUCCACCUACCACAAGACCCAGCAGUGCCACUGAUCCUAAUAGGUCCUGGCACAGGGAUCGCACCUUUCCGAGGAUUUUGGCAUCACCGUAGAGCGAUGAUCUCCCCUCGGAACCGCGCCAAUGCAGGUCCAGUUUGGCUCUUCUUCGGUUGUAGGACCAGGACCAUGGACCUGUACCGCGAAGAAAAGGAACAAGCCAAGAAAGACGGAGUUCUUUCUAAAGUGUUCCUAGCCUUGUCCAGAGAAAAAGGUGUCCCGAAGAUGUAUGUCCAAGAAUUGGCCGAGACAGUAGGGUCUGACAUUCACGAUUUGUUACUAAACAAAGGCGCACACUUCUACGUCUGCGGUGACUGUAAGAUGGCUGAAGAUGUUCACCAGAAAUUAAAGGGCAUUAUCAAAAAGUACGGAGAAAUGACUGACGAACAAGCACAAAACAUCAUGUAUAUGUUGAAGGAGGAGAACCGCUACCACGAAGACAUCUUCGGCAUCACCCUGCGCACGGCCGAGGUGCACAGUGCGUCUCGCGAGUCUGCGAGGCGCAACCGCGUGGCGGAGCUGCCAUGACGGCGGUCUUCGCGCGCGCGCCCUGAACUCCUCAUCAACUACCCGACAUAGACCACAUCACCACGGACAUUAGUCGAUCACCAGUGUUGUCGACACUCGAUACGGAUUCGAUAGGAAAGUCACUGGAAUUUGUAUGCGUUCCAUUAGUUUCUAAAGGUACUGACCAACGUUACGGACUGUAAUGUAAAAUUUUCAGCGAGCAUGUUUCGCAACGCUGUGUUCUAAAGGUUCGCUGGUGUCCCCGUAACACUACGUGCUGAUUGCAUGAAUGCUCGCUGUGUAACAUGUUACAUUACACCUCGUAACGGCCAGGACCCACCUUAACGUUACCGACAGGCGCUGAUCAAGAUGUCAUAUAUAUUGCUAUCGAAUUACGUUAGUGACUUGAAUUAACAGCACUUGUGAUAGGCCUAAAGCCAUCUUCAAUAUCCAGAUAUCUUACCGGCACAUGAGCAAUCAACGACGUGUAACUGUAGCUGACACAAUAAAAAAAAAUGUACCUCUCCCACGGAGUUGACGCUGGGUUCGACAAUUU